UUUUCUGGUCCUCUAGGAUGUAAUGUCUUCUUCCUCCUCCUCCUCCUCGAGUGUUUAUACUCAGUUGAACUGGAGCUGAAGUACCCCACCUUCAUUAGGUGGCAAGUCACUGCGGCUGGGAAUACACAGUCUCGCUUCCUUCAUCUGGUGAUGCAGCCACUGAGGCCCUCAGACUCUUGCCGAGUAUAUGCCGCAAGUAGAGAGUAGAUGUACCUCCUGGUCAGUAGCUGGAAUUCUGAAGCAACAUGCCGGAACAGAGCAAUGACUACCGGGUGGCCGUGUUUGGGGCAGGUGGCGUUGGCAAGAGCUCCCUGGUUUUGAGGUUUGUGAAAGGGACCUUCAGGGAGAGCUACAUCCCAACUGUGGAAGACACCUACCGGCAGGUGAUCAGCUGUGACAAGAGCAUCUGUACGCUGCAGAUCACCGACACGACCGGGAGCCACCAGUUCCCGGCCAUGCAGCGGCUGUCCAUCUCCAAGGGCCACGCCUUCAUCCUGGUCUACUCCAUUACCAGCCGGCAGUCCCUGGAGGAACUCAAGCCCAUCUAUGAGCAGAUCUGCGAGAUCAAGGGGGAUGUGGAGAGCAUCCCCAUCAUGCUGGUGGGGAACAAGUGUGACGAGAGCCCCAACCGCGAGGUCCAGAGCAGCGAGGCGGAGGCCCUGGCGCGCACGUGGAAGUGUGCCUUCAUGGAGACAUCGGCCAAGCUCAACCACAACGUCAAGGAACUCUUUCAGGAGCUACUGAACCUGGAGAAGCGCAGGACCGUGAGCCUCCAGAUCGAUGGCAAGAAGAGCAAGCAGCAGAAGAGGAAGGAGAAGCUCAAGGGCAAGUGUGUGGUCAUGUGAGAGGCCUUUGUGCAGAAAGAGCUGCUGCUGCCCUCAGGGCCUCUCUCUUCCUCCCCUCUGUGAACCCCACUGUCGUCAGGGCAGCAUGUCCGAUGCCCGUGUGUUAAACAUUGCAUUUGGCUGCGACACACCCUGCAAAUGUCCUUAAGAGGCAUUCCACACGCCCCACUAGCCCACCCCUCAGGAGACGCAGAAUCUGGGAAGCUCUUAGCAUCCCCGGGAGCGGAGGCCAGUCCUGAAUGGGCUUUAGCCAUUGGAAGAUGAGGGGACUCAGAGCUGUGGACCCGGGAGAAACUGAGGGUACUGUGUAAUGCAUGUGCGUGUGACAUAGCUACUGGUACCACCCCACAUCAGGCAACCUAGUUUGGAAGCCACUAACAUCUUUGGGGGGGGGGAGGAGCAGGCAGUCGAAGGAAGUGAGAAACCCGUGGACCCCAGCGGUUCCCAUGAGUGGAUUUUUAGUGGGAUUAAAGAUUAAAUACCACAGUCCCCAUCUAAGCGAUGCUCAUGCCAUUCCUACUGACACACACUGAGGGGGUUGGCCCCCUCAUUCCUCAAAGCCUUCUUAGCAAGUACCGUGUCAGCCUGUUAGGAGUAUACACUUCACCUGUAAUGCCAAGGCCACUUGUGGCACGAUGCUGUGUCAGCACUUCUUCGGUUUCUGAGUCGGGACAUUGUGACAUCAUGUAAACAUCGCAAUAACGCCCGUGUGUGUGUGUGUGUGUGUGUGUGUGUGUGUGUGUGUGUCCGCGCACGCGCGUGUGCGUGUGCUAUACUUUGAGGGUUCUAGAAAUGUGAACUUUCCUCCUUUUGACCUUCGAGGGUUGCCACUUCUUCCAGCCCUCUGAUUUUUAAAUAAAAGGAAAUAAAAGUAGGCAUUUUUUUAGACUCCCUCUUCCCCUCCCCCCAAGAUGGUUUUCUUGUCUUAAAUAACUCCAUGUGUACCCAGCUGGGAACCAGCCAACCAAGAGCGUCUAACAACCAGAAGCACAUCCAUUUUUCUAGACGACACAAGCAUGUAGAUGCUGUGCACCGCGACUUAACGAAAUACUUUGAAACGGACGCUAUUCACUGUGUUUUUAACGAUUUAUCUACACCGGAAGUAGAUUGCUAGGGAGUACGUCUACUUCCCGGUAAACCUUCUCCUCUCAAUUUCAACCUUGCUAAACGUCCUGAAGAGUUCCUCAGUUCCGCAUGCACCCCAGAAGAAAUCCUCUCCUCAGGACAUUGAAUGCACCCCAUAUUCCUUAGAACGAGCCCCAGCCGCUGCUUGAGGGAUCAGCGGCCAGCAGCAGAUAGGUUGGUCUAGUCUCUCUUUUCUGGGCCCAGUGCCCAUGCUUUAAUGUAAUUUGCCUCCCAUCUUGGAGUCCAGCUGGAUUCUGAUUAUUGGAAAUUCUUAUGUACACAGCCAAUGAGAAGGUGUUUCACACGGUAGGAUAAACCCAUGCUGGUCUUUGGUGCCAGUUCGAUCACUCUCUUAGCCAUCUUACCACUGACCAGCCAGCAGGUAGAGGAGGUUGUAGCACUGACUGUGUGAGCCUAAACAGUACUCUCAUGGCCAGUGGGCAGAGGUCCCAAUGCCGGGGUGUUCUGGUAGGCCUCUUGCUCCACCAUUGCCUCUGAAGCACACUGUGUUCAAACACCCUCUCUUCCUUCAGACCUCUAUGAUUCAGUCCUCUUGUCUGGUCUGGCCCUCUCUGCUCUUUCAACCACAACCCACCCUGGUGAUAUGCUGAGGGUCAGGGAGGUCCCUCAGAAAACCAUAUGCCUCAACGAUCUUCCCAUCUCCUUAGACUUCUAGAACAAAACCCUUGGGGUUACCUGGGCAAGCAGCCACCCUGAGAAAUGAGCAAGUCUGGGAACCAAGCAAGAGCCUGGAGCGCUUGUGUCCCCUUCCAGACCCACUCUGAACCUCUCCCGUCAUCCCUGUUUGUCCCCAGUGGCCAUUCCCUCACAGUAACAUGGAGUUGUGGAAUUUUCUAGAAUGUCUUUAAUUUGUUGCUCUAUUUCUCCUCUCAGAGAAAACAUAUCAGCUUGCCAUUUUGGAUUGGGAACAGCGAGGGAAAGACCACGGCUCUGUGGAUGAUGUGACAUUAUAUACAUUAUAUAUACACAUCCUAGAGGAUAUAUAUGUUUGUGGUGGUCCCUUCGCAGUAAAAUCCUGUCUGUCCUACCGACUGUAACCACGCUUUUGACAUGAGUGUUGCUACAUGCUUCCCCGUCCCCAGUGACCACACAUCAAGUUUCUUUCAGCCCCGUCAGUCAGUUUCCGGAUCCCGAAGGCUUUCAGUCUUCAUUGGCAGGAGGAUCUUGCUACAGUUCCAUUAAGAGUCUUUGCUCCUCUCUGUGCUGCCUGUUUGUUUAGAGGAUGGGAGGGAGGUCAGUGAAGCCUCCCUUCUCAGGCUUCAUUGGGACACUGUGUUCUGUAGAUCGAGCUGAGCACUGGGUAGCUAUCUUAAUGUCACCUUUGGGCAAGCUUCCCUCUGACUCAGGGGCCGAGGACAGCGGCUUUCAGCUCUGCUUCGGUCCCAUCCCAAGUCAGGAAGCUGGGCCUCUUGGUAACAUCCCACACUGCACACGGGGCUGGAAAUUCCUGACCCAGCCCCGGCUCGUUAUAAAACUUGAAAUAUUGCUUUGAAGAUGGCACUCUGGGGUUAAGCACGGGGCUCCAUGAGUUCCCUAAUCCCCAACGGUCCCCUCUCCAUUCAGUGACAAGCCAUGGGCACGCAUCCAAUGCAUUAAGUCCAUACAAGAGCAAUAUAUCCAAGUGUCCACUAGAUCCAAACCAAUAUAUAUAUAUAAUGUAAUUUAUCUUCCUGCACUUUCGAGGUAUAAAGUAGUAAAUUGUAUAUACCUAAUCUCUAUAUAUCCACAUGCUAGUAUAUCGGUCUCACUAUUUGUAACAUCCUUUGUAGAACAAAAUGUACUAAAUAUUUUAGAAUUGCGCUGUGAUAUCCCUCCCCACCCCCACCCCCCCAAGUUUGUAAAGCUCUGCUCCUACACGAGCUGUCUGGAAAUACCCAAAGCCAAAGGGGCAUGUGGAACUCCUACAGGAAGGACACCUCCUGGGAUUCAGUAGCCCACAAAGACCUUGUGUCAAACCAACUAUCUGCAGAGCGAGCAUCGGCAUGCGAGAUGCCGGCACAUGCUCCCACUUCCGCCGGCCCUUGCUGUUCCGGUUCCAUUUUUUUUUUUUUUUGGGUAUGUCUGACAUAACUCUAUGGUUAUGAGAAUCACCUUGUAUAAGGUUCUAGCGGCAGCCAUGGCCCCAAUCCGUGGAACCAGUUACAAUAAAGCUCAGUUACGGCA